UUGAUGGACUGUGAUGGUUGCAUGCAGCAUGCCGAGUUGAGUUCGACUUGAAGUUGGGGCUUCACUUAGGAUUUGAGAGUUGAAAACAGUUUGUCACUCGACUUUUUAGUGUGCAAGCUUGGUUUAAGAGGAGGUAUGGACACGACCACCCCAACUGUAGACACCACUACUGCCCCAAAUGACUCUGAACAGAAGACAUCAAAUGGCUACGAGAAGGGAUGCGCAGCCAUAAAAUCACAAUACCUCACCAACAAAGAUAAAUUUCACGAGUUUGUGGAUUCAGGUUGGAAGGGCACUAAAGGCACGAAUGGAAGUGAACCCGAAGACGCAGCAGCAGAGAAAGAAAGUGCAGAACCAGAAGAGAAGCGGAUAAAAUUGGAGAACGGCGCAGAAGCAGAGGACAAGAAGAAGAAGGAAGAGGAAGAUGAGAAAUACGACAAGAAGAAGUUUCGGGGUCAGAAUAAGGGCCGGCCUCACAUGAAGCCAAAUAAGUAUGAUGAUCGCAGGCUGUGUCCCUCAAUUAUACAGGAGCGGGAGGCUAAAUGUUUCUAUGGCGAUAAAUGCAAGUUCUUCCACGACGUGGGCGAGUACAUGGCUGCCAAGCCGUCUGACCUGGGAGAGAAGUGCUACCUCUACGACACCUUCGGGAAAUGCCACUACGGUGUCACCUGCCGCUUCGCCAAGGCCCACACCGGACCGGCACCCGACUACAAGAAUCUCAUUAACGAGGAGGUCUUCAGCACCUUCAAAGACAAGACACCGGUCAGGAACAACCUGAGCAAAGACCUCCAGUGGCAACUGCGCAAGAAGAAGGUGCCGUUCAAAGGAGCCGACGCCUACCUGAGGACCAUUGGCAAAGGCAAGCCCCAGGGAGGCCACAAGGGAGCGGGUGCGGAGGAGAAGAACUCGACAGAGAAGACCUGCUGCCCAGCUGAAGCCCAGACUCAGACUGUACCGGAAGCCAACAACACCGCCAGUGCCACAAACACACAGGAGGGUGAGAACCCACAGGUUGUUGAGAAGCGUGUUGGUGCAGUGACUGAUGUCGACGUUGUAAAGUUGCGCCCCUGCGAGAAGAAACAGGUGGACUUCAGAGAUAAGCUGUAUCUGGCUCCCUUAACAACUUGUGGGAAUCUGCCUUUCCGUCGCGUCUGCAAGCGUUUUGGCGUGGACAUCACGUGUGGCGAGAUGGCCAUGUGCACCAACCUGCUGCAGGGCCAGACGUCCGAGUGGGCCCUGCUGAAGAGGCACGAGAGCGAGGACCUCUUCGGAGUACAGCUGGAAGGCUGUUUUCCAGACACCAUGACCCGGUGCGCAGAGCUGCUCAAUGACAACAUCGAUGUGGACUUUGUAGAUAUCAACUCUGGCUGCCCCAUCGAUCUGGUCUUCAAAAAGGGUGGAGGCUGUGGUCUGAUGACGAGAACAAACAAAUUCGAGCAGAUUGUGCGGGGAAUGACCUCGGUGCUGGAUGUCCCACUCACGGUGAAGAUCCGCACGGGUGUCCAAGAGAAGACCAACACCGCGCACAAACUCAUCCCAGAGCUGAAGAAGUGGGGCGUGUCUUUAGUCACGUUACAUGGAAGGUCUCGGGAGCAGCGUUACACCAAACUGGCAGAUUGGGAAUACAUCGACACUUGUGCAAAGCUAGCCGCUCCUAUCCCACUGUUUGGCAACGGAGACAUCCUGUCAUGGGAAGAUGCGAUGAAGGCCAGGGAGACAGGGGUGUCUGGCAUCAUGCUGGCAAGAGGUGCCCUGAUCAAGCCGUGGAUCUUCACAGAGAUUAAGGAGCGCCGCCAUUGGGACAUCUCCUCCAGCGAACGGCUCGACGUGUUGAGAGACUUCACGCAGUACGGAAUGGAGCAUUGGGGCAGCGACACGCAGGGAUUGGAGAAGACCAGGAACUUCCUGCUGGAGUGGCUGUCCUUCAUGUGCAGGUACAUCCCGGUGGGUCUGCUGGAGAGGGUUCCUCAGAGGAUUAACGAGCGGCCGCCAUAUUACCUGGGCAGAGACUACCUGGAGACACUCAUGGCCAGCCAGAACGUGGAGGACUGGGUCAAGAUUAGUGAGAUGCUGCUUGGCCCUGUGCCGAAAAACUUCAGUUUCCUUCCCAAACACAAAGCCAACGCGUACAAGUGACCCCAAAAACCAGGACACCAGGCAAGGAAAAGGGGUCAGGGGUAGUGACUUUUGUUUAGAAGCAGGUGCUUUACCUUGAAUUUGUGUGACUGGCUGUUGAUUCAUUUUUUUAUUACAAGUAAUGCAACUUGGCACUCCUCGGAAGUGUCUCUCUUUCCGGCUUGAUUGUGUUGCUGUGGGAACCAACACAUGGUUGUGUGUGUAAUGGUAGUGGUCAGGAAGUCCUGAUGAGUUCAUUUGGUUUAAGAGCUGGCAAACGUCACAACCCUCGUCUACAGUUAUUUUUUUAUUUCUUUGUCAAGCUGUUUUAGACUUGCACUCCGUUUAAUUUGCUCAGGUAAUGAUAUAAUGUAUUUUCUUCAGGAAACAGUUCGCCAAUAUGUUUGCUUUGUUAGUUUGACAAUAAACAGGAUCACGAUCACUUCCAUCAUCACCACGGCUUUACAUUACAUAAAUUACAUUACUGCAAAUUGCAGUUGUGGAUACCAAGACGUAAACAAUGCCUGUAUACAGUAUGGACUGUAGGUAUGACAAUGCAGCAUUGCCCCUCUUGAUUAAGUUAAGUUAGAUUAAUACUUAUUUUCAUGAUAUGCGGCAUCAAGUAAUGUCAAGGUAUUCUGGAGCUUAUUUUCACGAUAUAUUGCAUUAAUUUAUGACAAUCGAUCAUUUAAUAAUAUUAAAAUCCAAUUUGCCACUGGUUCAUUUCAUACAGUAGAGAGUAGGCAAUAUUUCUGAUGUAAUGGAAGCUCUCUCCCAGAGGCUAACAUGAUUAAAUAAAAUAAAUUGAGUUAUGAAUGCUACAGAGCAGUUGACAAAUAAGCUGUAUUUUUUCACAUUUACAUAAGUAAAUAUUGCAAUGGUACAUGAAUCGCAAUGCAUCGAGAAUCGCAUCAUGGCAUGUGUAUCAAGAUGCGCAUUGAAUCGUGAACCCUUACGGAUACCCACCCCUAUUGGUUACAGUCCGUGGAGCAGUAUGGGGUUAGGUGCCUGGCUCAAGGGUACCACAUCCAUGGAGUGCAGUAGGGAGUGGAAGGGUGGGAUUCGAACCUGCAACCCUCUGAUCACUAGACCAUGACAGCCCUGCCCUGCCUUGCCCAGGUAGUGAACCACCAGAGUGAGCUCUACAGAUUACCACUAAAUUUAACGACAACUGAGUGAUCAUGUAAAUGUGUCAGAUUUAAAGAUGGGGUUUUGUGGCUGGACAACCAUCGGAGUGAACGCUACACCUGUAAAUGUGUCAGAUUUAAAGAUGGGGUUUUGUGUCUGGUUCAGGCUGGUAUCCCAGUUUUCUCCAUUGUGGGCUAAAUAAAAAUGAGUUGGAAGAAUGAAAAAAAAAAAAACCCAUCAAAUUGCUGAAUCCAGCUUCCUGUUCCCAUUUACUGUCAAACAGUAUUCCAUCAACUUAAUGUGGUCAUUGUAACAUAUUUUCAAUAAAAAUAACAUUGAUUUAUGACACAUCAU